AUGAAGUCUGCGCUUACACCUUGUAACAACUGGAACCGCUGCUUCAUUCAUCCAACCACCACCAAACCCUUCUCCUUCUCCCUCACCAACACCGAUUUUCGCACACGCUGUUCAAUCUCCAUGGCCAACACCAUCAAAACCUACCACUUAUCAAACCUCACUUACACCGAACUUAACUCCCUUAAAUCUCGCCCUCGAAUUGAUUUCACUUCCAUUUUCAACGUUGUUAAUCCCAUUGUUGAUGAUGUUCAUAAUCAAGGAGAUGCUGCUGUUAAACAAUAUACUUCUAGGUUUGACAAAGUUGAUCUAGAUAAGAUUGUUGAACUUGUCUCUGACCUACCAGACCCAGUGCUUGAUCCAUCUAUUAAGGAAGCGUUUGAUGUCGCCUACAGCAAUAUUUAUGCAUUUCAUGCUGCUCAGAAGUCACCUGAGAAAAGUGUUGAGAACAUGAAAGGAGUCCAAUGCAAGAGAGUUGCAAGAAGUAUUAAUUCCGUGGGUCUUUAUGUUCCAGGGGGAACUGCUGUAUUGCCUUCAACAGCUUUGAUGCUUGCAGUUCCUGCACAAAUUGCAGGAUGUAAAACUAUUGUUCUUGCAAAUCCUCCCACCCAGGAUGGCUCAACAUGCAAGGAGGUUCUAUAUUGUGCGAAGAAGGCUGGGGUGACUCACAUUCUCAAAGCUGGAGGAGCACAGGCCAUAUCUGCUAUGGCUUGGGGAACAGAAACUUGUCCCAAGGUUGAGAAGAUUUUUGGCCCUGGAAAUCAAUAUGUCACAGCUGCAAAAAUGAUACUUCAAAACAGUGAAGCCAUGGUUUCAAUUGACAUGCCAGCUGGUCCAUCUGAAGUUUUAGUCAUUGCAGACAAGCAUGCAAUUCCAUCUCAUGUAGCUGCUGAUUUGCUUUCCCAGGCUGAGCAUGGCCCUGAUAGUCAGGUUGUUCUCGUGAUUGCUGGAGAUGGUGUGGAUCAGAGUGCAAUUCAGGAGGAACUCAGCAAACAGUGUCAGAGUCUUCCAAGAGGCGAAUUUGCCGCGAAAGCACUGAGCCACAGUUUUAUCGUGCAUGCACGUGAUAUGCUUGAGGCCAUUACUUUCUCAAACAUGUACGCACCUGAGCAUUUAAUUAUCAACGUGAAAGACGCAGAGAAGUGGGAGAGUUUUAUCGAGAAUGCAGGUUCUGUGUUUUUAGGGCCGUGGACACCAGAGAGUGUCGGUGAUUACGCAAGUGGGACAAACCACGUCCUUCCCACUUAUGGAUAUGCAAGAAUGUAUAGCGAAACCAUGGCUGAAGUUGAAGGACUUGAAGCACACAAGCGAGCCGUUACUUUGAGACUUCAGGACAUAGAAGCCAGACAGGUUUCAAGAUGA